UCAGUCCGCCCUGGGUUGUACUUCCCAAGCUGGCGAGUCUGAGCGUUGGUAUCCCCGCCUCUGGUUGCGACAGAACUCCUGCAAACGCCGAGCCUUUGUGCGCGAACAGACCGCCAGUCGACUCACCGCUGACCUCAGCCGCGGAGAGAAAGUUUGCCCAAGAAUGAGGCGCUCUAGUCGAAGGUUUCCCGGUUACAUCCAACCAUUACUUUAAUGCCCGAGCAGUCAGCCGAGUCCAGACUCACCGAGCCACGGAUCUGUUCUGAAAAGGCCACACUUGAUAUCAGAUCCUACUUGUUUUACAAACUUCUUGAGGACAUUGGAGCUGUGCCGGCCUCGUUUGCAGGAGAAAUGCAGCAGCAUCUGUACAACGGUGAUUUCGCCCUCUUUAAGACUGCGCCUGUUUUUGAAAGCAAUUUUAUACAGGUCAGUAAGAAGGGCCACGUGAGUGACAUCCAUCACCGAGUGACCAUGGUGACGUUAGGAGUCUCCUCCACAGACCCCACGCUCUAUACCCCUGAUGUUCUGCUCAUCGCCCAACCCAGUGACCGACAGAGGCAGCUCCAGCUGCAGAUAUUCAACAGGAAGCCGGGGGAAAUCUUGAGUCCAGAGUCGCAGCUCCCUGGGGACGCCUACACCCCUCUUCAACUGCUGAGGCUUUUCCCCCUGAAGCUGACGAAGAUCUCCGUCUACGACGAGAAGAACCACCGCCUGCGGCUGAGACUGGCCACCCACCAGUCCUUCUACCUGCAGCUGGUGGGGGUGGACCCCCGGUAUGAGGAUGAGAUGUUCCAGCACUGGGUGAAGCUGAUGCAGCACAUCUACCCCCACAGGGGGUCCGCGGCCACCCCGCCCUGAGCGAACCCCCCCCCCCCCCCACCCC